CUGCGCGGUUCCUUCCAGCGGGGCCAUUGCGAAGCGGUGCGUGUCCGGCCUUCCCCGCACCCUCUUUCCUCCCCGCCCCUUCCUCCCCCGCACGAAGCAUGGCGACGGACUCCUGGGCCCUGGCGGUGGACGAGCAAGAAGCGGCCGCGGAGUCGUUGGGUAACCUGCAUCUAAAGGAGGAGAGACCCAAACCAGAAUCUAAUGGUGCUGUUGUUAAGACAGAAGACAAUGCAGAGAAGACAGAAGAGGAAGAAAAAGAGGACAAAGCGGCCCAGUCGCUGUUGAACAAGCUGAUCCGCAGCAACCUGGUGGACAACACGAACCAAGUGGAGGUGCUGCAGAGGGAUCCCACAUCGCCCCUCUACUCUGUGAAGUCUUUUGAAGAGCUGCGGCUGAAGCCACAACUGCUGCAGGGUGUCUACGCCAUGGGUUUCAAUAGACCAUCCAAGAUCCAGGAGAACGCGUUGCCUAUGAUGCUGGCAGAGCCCCCGCAGAACCUGAUUGCACAGUCUCAGUCUGGCACUGGCAAGACAGCGGCAUUUGUCUUGGCCAUGCUCAGCCGAGUAGAACCCAACAACAAAUUCCCACAGUGUUUGUGCCUUUCCCCAACGUACGAGCUGGCCCUCCAGACCGGAAAGGUGAUAGAACAGAUGGGCAAGUUUUAUCCGGAGCUGAAUCUCGCCUAUGCAGUUCGGGGCAAUAAACUGGAGCGUGGCCACAAGAUCUCUGAGCAGAUCGUCAUCGGCACCCCGGGCACCGUCCUGGACUGGUGCUCCAAGCUGAAAUUCAUCGAUCCCAAGAGGAUCAAAGUCUUCGUCUUGGAUGAGGCAGAUGUCAUGAUAGCUACCCAAGGACACCAAGAUCAGAGCAUCCGUAUUCAGAGGAUGCUGCCCAAGGACUGUCAAAUGCUUCUCUUCUCGGCCACCUUCGAAGACUCAGUGUGGAAAUUUGCUGAGAAGGUCGUUCCGGACCCAAACAUCAUCAAGCUGAAGCGCGAGGAAGAGACACUGGACACCAUCAAACAGUACUACGUCCUGUGCAACAGCCGCGAGGAGAAAUUCCAGGCCCUUUGCAACAUUUAUGGGGCCAUCACGAUUGCGCAAGCGAUGAUCUUCUGCCAUACUCGCAAAACAGCUGGCUGGCUGGCUGGCGAGCUUUCCAGGGAAGGCCAUCAGGUGGCUCUCUUGAGCGGUGAGAUGAUGGUGGAGCAGCGGGCGGCGGUCAUCGAGCGUUUCCGAGAAGGCAAAGAGAAAGUCCUGGUGACCACGAACGUCUGUGCCCGAGGGAUCGAUGUGGAGCAGGUCUCUGUCGUCAUCAACUUUGACCUACCAGUGGACAAAGACGGGAAUCCAGACAACGAGACUUACCUUCACCGCAUUGGCCGCACGGGGCGCUUUGGCAAGCGAGGGCUGGCCAUCAACAUGGUGGACAGCAAGCACAGCAUGAACAUCCUCAAUAGGAUCCAGGAGCAUUUCAACAAGAAGAUCCAUAAACUGGACACCGAUGACUUGGACGAAAUAGAGAAAAUAACUAAUUGAAGUGCAGUCGCCGGAACUGGCACGCGCCCUCCCGUGGUAGCACUCCCACUAUGAUUGGAUCAGCACUCUGAUUGGCACAAACGUUAGCCAAGUCGCACGCAAAGGGGCGUUUUUAAACAUAACAAAUAUACAGAAAUUACCUCAUCUUUAAAAAUAAAUUUUGGCUGGACUUGAUUUUAGAAAAAAAAAGUGCAACUCUGGGGAAAGAAGAAAUGUUUACAGAAACUUUUUUUUUUAGUUUAGCCUUAAAAUGGGAAACUCUUAAAUUCUAAAGAUGAACUGAUGCCAAAAACGUAACCAGUUAAUGCAUAGGAGAAUGCACCCCUGUAUUAUCUCUGUCAGUGGGAAGUCACUUUUUAAAAACACACUCAAGCAGUAUAUUGAAAAGGUUAAAAAAAAAACGGGGUGACCUUUUUAUUUUAAAAAAGAGAGUGCAGAGCCUGGCUAAAAAUCGAAGUAUUAACAAAAAGGCCUUUUCAUUUUGCGCUCUUGUUUCAAGGUUUCUGGUAGGCUGUCUCGCUUUUCCUCGGGUAAAUAAUCUGGAAGCGUUGUUUUUUGCUGGUUAGUACAAUCAACUGUUUUUUUUAAAGGACAAGUUAUAAUCCUGCGGAGUCCCUCUGUUACCUUGCAGAACUAGGUAAAUCAGAGUUGCUUGAGGGGAAGCCGCAGCAACUGCCGCUCGAGUUGCAAAAGUUCACAGUACCAGAAGGUACCUACAGAAACCGAUUUAAAUUGGUGUAGUGAUGGAAAGUGUAUAUGUAGUACAAUUGACAUUUAGAUUAAAAAUGUAUUUUAUCAUUGCUGUACCAAAUAGGCGCUCUGCAAAGGAAGUGCUGGAUCAACCAGGAAAAGGGGGUACAAAGCGGCAGCCAGUCUGUCCAGGGUCUUGUCGGUCCAGGAACGAUCCAGUAUUGCUGGGAAAUCACCACUUUGCAGUGAGGGGCACGUGUUUGAAGAAGUAAGGGAAAGCGUGCGGGUAAUUCAGUCUCUCAACAAAUCUAGUUCAUGCAGCUUCCGGCUUUGAAGUUGGAGGAUGCUACAGCCCAGUACUGUACCUGUCUCCCUCCUAUGCCUGCUGGUUUUAUAGCCCAGCCAGGUUUCUCCCCUCUCCAAAGAUACUGAAUUAAACUCACCAACUCUCUCACUUGUGGAAACACAGCAUAGUGAUCCCGUUGAAGAGGAGGAGGCCAACACAGGAACACAGGCAAUUGGUGGAGUUAGAUCAACUGGCUUGUUACUAACCUUAUUCUUUCCAAACAGUUUGCUUUGGGGCAGUUUGCUUUUUUUCUUUUGAAAGAGACAGAGAUUAACCUUCUGUUUAAAAACAUGUCUGUUUUAAGCAGUUGUCCUCAUCAGAGCAGCUCCAAACGUUGGAGGACGACCCGCCAACAGAGCUAUCAGAUGGGUUCCAUUUUUGUGGUCCCUUCACAGCAAUGGAUCGAGAGAGCCCUCAAGAAAUACAGCUUGGUCAGACACAUCUAGCCUUUCUUACAGGACUGUUAGACUUGCCCUUGGAGCAGGGGGACUCUUUUAUGUGCGAGGAAUGUGCUGACCAAAAAUAUUCUUCUGUGGGUCACAGCUCAUUUGCCUGUUACACAGCAUGGCUUGGUCUCUUAGCUGGAGUCAGUCUGUUCUGCUGCCUGCUGGUUUUAAUCCAUCUGCUUCAAUCACGCCUGUGCUUCAGCAACCCCAAUGCAGAUUUCCUUUGUCAGUUUGGGUCUUCCAAGAUGCACAACAAGGGUUUGGACCACCCUUUGAUUUUUUUUUCUCUGAGCAAAUUAGAGUAUUUUUCUCACUGAAGUCUGAGAAUUGGAGCAAGCACGCAGCAGCUGACAAACCCCUGCUCUGAAGAGUCCCCUCUCCCAAACUUUUUUCCAAUGUUGGCUGCUAAUCAUUCUGUUCGAAGACAGAAUUGUGGAUUCUUUUUUACCAAGUAAAACAAAACAGAUCCGACAAACACACACACACACACACACACACACAAAGCUUAUUUUAAAAAUGUACCUAAAAUUUUAGGAAACUUUACAGCAACCUUUAUUGAUUUGUGUAAAUGGCUUUUGAAGGUGGUGAAGGAAGUUUGGGGGGAAUCCACACAUUUUGUAUUCUGAGGUGUAUCUAUUUUUAUUCUCCUGGAAGCCUCUCUUGAGUGGUGGGUGAGUGUGUGCUUGUGUGGUAAGCGGCAGAGGGCCUUCAAACCCCCCUUAGUACGGCUGAGCAACGGUGUGAAAGCAGCGCGUUGGCUUUGGAACGGCCGCACAGACGCUGCUGGGCCAGUGUGCUCUUUCUAAUGUACUUUUCAAUUGAAAUAAAGAACACAGAAAGAACGGCAA